AAGUCUAAAAAGGAGAAGCAGUUAUUUACUGUGUCACUUGUGAGUAAGAGAAGGGACCAGAGGUUACAAAAGGAGGACCUGGUUAGGAAUUAAAAGUCAACACUGGAUUUAUUACGGCACUGAAUCAGCAGCAAGCAGGGGGAAAUUUGCUGUUUCAGUCAACACAUGAGGUGGCCACACUGGAAGAGCUGAGGUUUAUCUGACAGCGGAGAAGAGCCUCUGCAUCUUCAUGACUUUAGGUGAAUAAUCAAUGACAAAGAUGGAGCUUUUAUCAGUCAAAUCCACAUCAGACCUCCUGUUACUCUACGGCUUCUUCAGUCUGCUUUUGACUGUAACAGGGAACUCCACUACAUCAGAACCAAUGAGAACAUCUGAACUUACAACAGCAGGAAAAUCCACAGAACCUGCUCCUGAAAAUGUAAUAAAUGUAUCAGUGGUGACCCAGAACACCAACAGUAUAACUCUGCAGUGGGACAAAGUUAACAGCAUCUCAACAUAUAAACUGCAAUAUGAUUCUGUCACAAAGAACAUCAAUGAUGCUGCUGGAGAAACAUUUGUACAACAUGUGGUCUCUGAUCUGAUUGCGGGAACAGAAUAUAAUUUCACUCUUUUCACUGAGGCCAAUGGAGUCAAGAGCUCUGGAUUCUCAUUCGCUGCUGCUACAGCUCCUAGAGAUGUAGAAAGUGUAUCAGUGGAAACUCAGAGUGUUAACAGUAUAACUCUGAAGUGGAACAAAGUUAACAGCAUCUCAACAUACAAACUGGAAUAUGAAGAAAAUGGUGAUACUGUCACUAAUAACAUCAAUAAUGUUGAUGCUGUUGUACAACAUGUGGUUCCUGAUCUGACUGCUGGGACAGAAUAUAGUUUCACUCUUUUCACUGAGACCAAUGGAGUCAGCAGCUCUGGAUUAUUAUUCGCUGCUGCUACAGCUCCUGACGAUGUAAAAAAUGUAUCAGUCAUAACUCAGAACACCAGCAGUAUAACUCUGCAGUGGGACAAAGUUAACGGCACCUCAACAUACAAACUGCAAUAUGAUUCUGACCCAAAGAACAUCAAUGAUACUUCUGAAAAAACAUUUGUACAACAUGUGGUCUCUGAUCUGACUGCUGGGACAGAAUAUAAUUUCACUCUCUUCACUGUGUUGAAUGAUCUCAGCAGCUCUGGAUUCUCAUUCUCUGCUGCUACAGCUCCUGAAAAUGUAGAAAGUGUGUCAGUCAUAACUCAGAACACCAGCAGUAUAACAAUAAAGUGGAACAAAGUUAACAACACCUCAACAUAUAAACUGCAAUAUGAAGAAAAUGGUGAUACUGUCACUAAUAACAUCAGUAAUGCUGAUAAUGUUGUACAACAUGUGGUCUCUGAUCUGACUGCUGGGACAGAAUAUAGUUUCAUUCUUUUCACUGAGGCCAAUGGAGUCAGCAGCUCUGGAUUUAAAUUUAUUAAUGCUACAGCUCCUGAAAAUGUAGAAAGUGUAUCAGUCAUAACUCAGAACACCAGCAGUAUAACUCUGCAGUGGGACAAAGUUAACAACAUCUCAACAUAUAAACUGCAAUAUGAUUCUGUCUCUAAUAACAUCAGUGAUGCUGCUGGAGAAACAUUUGUACAACAUGUGGUCUCUAAUCUGACUGCUGGGACAGAAUAUAGUUUCAUUCUUUUCACUGAGGCCAAUGGAGUCAAGAGCUCUGGAUUAUUAUUCUCUGCUGCUACAGCUCCUGAAAAUGUAGUAAAAGUAGAAGUGGAGGCAAGAAACACCAGCAGUUUAACUCUGAAGUGGGACAAAGUUAACAACAUCUCAACAUAUAAACUGGAAUAUGAUUCUGUCAUGAUGAACAUCAGUGAUACAUCUGGAGAAACAUUUGUACAACAUGUGGUUCCUGAUCUGACUGCUGGGACAGAAUAUAGUUUUUCUCUUUUCACUGUGUUGAAUGAAGUCAGCAGCUCUGGAUUAUUAUUUACUGAAGCUACAGCUCCUGAAAAUGUAGAAAAUGUAUCAGUGGAAACUCAGAACACCAGCAGUAUAACAAUAAAGUGGGACAAAGUUAACAACAUCUCAACAUACAAACUGCAAUAUAAAGAAAAUGGUGAAACUGUCAUUAAUAACAUCAGUAAUGCUGAUGCAGUUGUACAACAUGUGGUCUCUGAUCUGACUGCUGGGACAGAAUAUAAUUUCACUCUUUUCACUGAGGCCAAUGGAGUCAACAGCUCUGGAUUAUUAUUUCCUGCUGCUACAGCUCCAGAAAAUGUCAAUAAUGUAUCAGUGGAAACUCAGAGUGUUAACAGUAUAACAAUAAAGUGGGACAACGUUAACAACAUCUCAAUAUACAAACUGCAAUAUGAAGAAAAUGGUGAUACUGUCACUAAUAACAUCAGUAAUGCUGAUGCAGUUGUACAACAUGUGGUCUCUGAUCUGACUGCUGGGACAGAAUAUAGUUUCACUCUUUUCACUGAGGCCAAUGGAGUCAAGAGCUCUGGAUUAUUAUUCUCUGCUGCUACAGUUCCUCUGAGUGUGACGUCGGUUCGUGUUUCGGAGCGUUUAGUGGACAGAGUAACUUUACAGUGGGAGAAUCCAAAUAAAGCCUGGAAACACAACCUGAGUAUCAACGACACAAACGCAUCAAUAACCCAGGAGGAGACGACAAAUGUUGUGUCAUAUUUCAUCUCCAACCUGAAGCCUGGGACGAUGUAUGAGUUCAGUGUGAUCACAGUGUUCUCUGGACUGAACAGUUCUGCUUACGUCGAUCACACAGUAACACAGAUCAACUGCAGUGCCGUAUCCUGGAGCGUCACCAACUCAUCGAUCCAGGGAACAGUUGAAGGCUUGUUCUCCAAAGCUACGGCCUCUAAUGGAUCAGAACCUCUGAUCAGUCCUGAAGGGAAAAACGUGACAUUUUCUGACCUCUUUCCUGGAGCAACCUAUAAUAUUUCUCUACUGUAUGAAACAUCGUCUGCACCUUAUCCACAGUGUCUCAUCGAAAUACCCAUCAUUCCUCCUUCUUUAGCUCCUCUCUGCAGCUACUGGGGUUCUGGCUACAGCGCUCAGAUUAAAUGGGUCGAACCGGAUGGUGUGUGGACGACAGCUGAACUCAGCAUAAGCGGGAAAACUUUCACUCUAAAUCCAAAUGAGAAUCGUCUCAUUGUGGACGGACUUCAACCGGCCAAAAAGUAUAAAGUCUCUGUGAUUUCAAGGCUGGAAACUAAAGCUGAUCCCUUAAUAUCUGAACCAUCAAUUUCUUUCUGUUCGACUGAUAACAGAGGAGUCAUUGGAGGAUCUCUGGUCGGUGUUCUGCUUUUUGCUGUUCUCAUCUGUGUCGUUGUGUUUCUUUUCCUUAAAAAGCCAGAUAUUAUCCGCAGAAAAAAGUCUUUCCUCUCUGGAUCCAGAACGUCAGAUUCAAAGGGGAAAAUCGUCCCUGUAACCAAAUUCCCAGACCACUACCGCCAGCUGAGUUUGGAUGAAAACCGAGGUUUCAGUCAGGAAUACGAGUCCCUCGCUCCCGCUGGCACACACCAAACCCAAAAAGCUGCGACUCUGCCAGAAAACAAAGGGAAGAACCGCUUCACCAACAUCCUUCCCUACGAUUGGAGUCGAGUGAAACUAAAUACAUCAAAUCCAAACAACACCAUGGACUACAUAAAUGCUAAUUACUUACCAGGCUACAGCAGCAGCAAAGAGUACAUCGCCUGUCAGGGUCCUCUGCCCAACACGGUGGGUGAUUUCUGGAGGAUGGUUUGGGAGCAAAAAGUGAAGAGAAUCGUCAUGGUGACCAACUGCGUUGAAGCAGGGCGGACUAAAUGUGAACAAUACUGGCCUGAAGACAGGAGCCCUGGUUCUCAUGGAGAACUGAUUGUCUCCAAAACGUCUGAGGAGAGAGAGUCCAACUGGGUCCUGAGGGAGUUUAAAGUGAAACAUAUGAAGGAUUCAGAGGAACGGACGGUGAAUCAUUUCCACUUCACUGCUUGGCCUGACCAUGGAGUACCUCAGGGCACAGAAGUCCUGAUCCGUUUCAGAGGACUUGUGAGGAAACACAUAGACAGUGAAGGGAGCAAAGCACCAACCGUGGUUCACUGCAGUGCUGGGGUGGGCCGGACGGGCACCAUCAUCGCCCUGGACGUCCUGCUGCAGCAGCUGCAACAUGAGCAGGCCGUCGGCAUCAACAGCUUCGUCUACAAGAUGAGGCAGCAUCGAUCUCACAUGGUGCAGACGGAGUCCCAGUACGUGUUCCUGCACCAGUGCAUCAUGGACAGCCUGCAGCCGCCCGGCGGCCAGGAGGAGAACGUUUACGAGAACGACGACUUGAUAUACGUCAACGCCACGGCGCUCCGACAGCUCCGCUGACCCGACGGAACCGGGUUCAGCCCAGCACUAAGACUUGAUGCACAUGACGAGCUAACCUAUAGUGUCAUUAUACACUGAACGUGAAGCAGUUAUACCUGAUGUUUAUACUGUAUAGAAAUGCUUUUGUAGUUUACAUCUGCCGGUUCUGUGAUUAUGCUGCCUUAUGUUAUUAUUAUUAAAUAUUAUUAACCUUCAAAUGACCAGAGAAUGUUAUAAAUUUUAUUAGAAUUAUAAAAUUGUUCAAGUAGAAAAAU